AUGUUCGACUACGAUGCCCGGGUGGGCCGCCUGGUCUUCUCGCGGCUAGCGGAUGCGACCAUCCGCGCCUCCGACAACUGGUUGCAGGUUCUGGACGAUACGCUCCGUCAACACGGCAUAGAGCGUUCCGGGGAAGGGAACAAGUUCAUCGCGCGGGUGCAGAGUGGCCAGCUCACCAAGCUCUUCACGAUGUUUGCGUUCCAGGAAACCCAGGAGCGAGCCAGGGACAAGGGCGGCCUCUGGAAUCUUCUGGCGGAGCGGUUCACCAGCCUCCCUCCUCAAGAAGAGUGGCGGCAAAAGGUCCUGGUGACGGCUGUAGGUGGCGAGGAGGUUGUGCAAGAUGCCGAGCCCCUCGAAGACCAGUAUCCGGUGCAGAUCAGAUAUCCAAGAUCAGCCGACAAGCUGAUCGCCGACCUUGCGGCUGACAGCUUUCCGCUGACCCUGAUCUUCAAGGAGUACCAGGUGGCCAUCGAGAGUUCGGCUACCGGCCCUUCCGUUGCGGACACAUUCUUUGUGAACGACGACGGGAAAGUCGUCGUUCGCGACGACGUGGGCGUGGCUGCGAAAUGGAAGGAUCCGAGCACGGAUGUCUGCCUGCACCCUGGGGACUGGAUCAUCGAAGCCAAUGGUGUUUCGAACGAUCCGGAGGGCAUUCUGCGCCAGCUCGCGGAGAUAGGGCGCGUGCAGGUGCGUGUGCAGCAGCAGGGGAGCAUCUUCAAGACGGAUGUCUUCAACUCCCAGGAUGACAUGCGGAAUCGGCUGCAGAGCCAGGCGAAGCCGAGGCAGCUGCAGCUGCUCAGGCAGCACGCAACGGGGCAGCCUCUUCUUUGCGUCUGCGGGGGCGAGCUCCAGGAGAUCGGUUUGCGUGAGCGGGUCUAUCUCCUGGUUGAGCCGAAAGGAGAGAACGGCGUCCUGUCCUACGCGGGCCGCCGAUUUACUGUCGACCAGAUCAUUGACAUGAAGGCCGUGACGUGCGACCUUUGUCGGAAAGCCGUGGAGAGGGACGAUCGCCUGUGGACAUGUGGCAACGGUGCGAACACCAUCCUGCACGCGCAGUCUUACGACAUUUGCCAGCAGUGCUUCGCGCUGGGGGAGGGCCGGCAGAGCUCUCCAAGCCCUGACUGA